CGCGAGUUACCUUGUGGCUGACAGACAGGAGGAAGCCACACGGUUAGUUAAUGCUGUUAAGACAAUCUGUAGCUUUUCUCCGUUAUUGAUUGAAAAAUGUCUUCUCUUUUAAAGGUGGACAGUGAAAUCAAGUCAAAGGUUGAUGUUUUCAGGGAACGGAUUACAUCAGAGGCAGAAGAUCUGGUGGCAAAUUUCUUCCCUAAGAAAUUAUUAGAGUUGGACCAGUUUCUGAAGGAUCCUGUAAUAAAUAUCCGUGAACUGAAAGAAAUACAUUCUGAGAUAAACUUGGCUGUACCAGACCCAAUUCUGCUUACAGACAUCCAUGAUGGCCUUGAAGGACAAAAUGCCAAGAAGAGAAAACUUGGUCCAGAAGAUGGUCCAGGAGAUGACAAAGUUGGUGGGACCAAGGUGUAUAUAAUGCCUGGUGGAAUGAUGAAAAGCAAUGGCAAGCUGGUGGAACUGAUUGAGAGAGUUAAGCCUGAGAUCAGAACCCUCAUAGAGAAAUGCAACACCGUCAAGAUGUGGGUGCAGUUGUUAAUUCCAAGAAUAGAAGAUGGCAACAAUUUUGGUGUUUCAAUCCAGGAGGAGACUGUGGCUGAGCUCAGAACAGUUGAGGGAGAGGCAGCUUCUUACCUGGACCAGAUAUCCAGAUACUACAUCACAAGAGCAAAGCUAGUUUCCAAAAUAGCAAAAUAUCCACAUGUGGAGGACUAUAGGCGCACUGUAACAGAGAUUGAUGAGAAGGAGUACAUAAGUCUCAAGAUCAUAGUCUCAGAACUGAGAAAUCAAUACGUAACGUUGCAUGAUAUGAUUCUGAAGAACAUCGAGAAGAUAAAACGACCGCGAAGCAGCAAUACGGAUGCCCUCUACUAAGAAUGCCACUUUCUGAUCUUCUAAUCCUUUUUGUCCUUGGGAAUAGUUGGAGCCUUUUGGACUGGUUCUGAUGCAUUAAUGAACACAUUAAAACCAGUCCAAGACAAGCUAGCUUCAUCAGGCCGUUACCGGAACUGUUAUAUAUUAUCAUUAUUUUAAAACCUUUACAAAAAAAACCCCUAUCAGUUUCCUAGUGGACAGUGUUAAUGUAUGGAGAGUCCGAAUGUGCAUCUUGAGGACAUCGCCUCAGUUGUUUUCCUAUUUAAUUAAACAAAUAUCUUAACAUUUGGGGUUUCUUUAAUCUUUUAUGAAACCAAAUAUAAAGUAUCGAUGUUUUGGGAGGGGUCUAAAGCAUUUCACAUGUUUUAGAAUUAGCUUAGAGACUGACAUCACUGAAAGACACAAAAAGCUCAUCUGAUGAUCAGUUUCAACAGCUGAGUUGUGAAGUUUUUAUCAAUGCUGUAUUUUAAUUUUUCCACUCAUCUAAUAUAUAAAUGUAGUCCAAGAUGAACAGCUGUACUGGUGGAUCAUUUUACAUAAUUUCGGUUCUUAUUUCAUGAUGCUGCAAUGCAGUUAUAUUUUAAUCUUUUUUUUUUUUGUCAUUACUGACUCACCAAGUUCCCAAAGCUUCAUAUGGCUUUUAUUUUUGUCCAGUUUCAGAGAUGUGUUUUGCUGAAUAAAAUGUCUUCUUUUUUUCAA